CUGCUGGCCCCCUGAGAGUCAGAGAGGAUGUUAAUGAUGAUGAUGAUGAUGAAGAAGAAGGGGUCCAAGACUCUGGCUGUGGUCGCUCUUUUUCUGGCCUCGGCCAACUGCGUCCUUCCUCCAUCCAAAGAAGAUCUGAACCAGAUCUCACUGGAAGGAGAAAAGUAUCUAAAUGGAGAGAUUGAAAAUGCUGUUAACGGAGUGAAGGAGAUGAAGGGCGUGAUGCAGAAAUCUUCAGAGGAGCACCAGAAGUUUCUAGACGCCCUGGAGAAAACCAAGGAGAGGAAAGAGGAAGCGAUCCGUGUGGCUCAGGAGAUGGAGACGAAGCUGGAGCAGGAGGAGGAGGUCUGUAACGAGACCAUGAAGGCUCUGUGGGAGGAGUGUAAGCCGUGUCUGAAGAGCACCUGCGUUAAAUACUACUCCCGAACAUGCAGCAGUGGAUCUGGACUGGUGGGACGCCAGCUGGAGGAGGUGCUGAACAGAACGUCUCCGUUCUCCAUCUGGAUCAACGGGGAGAAGAUCGACACCCUGCAGCAGGAGGGGCAGCGGCAGAACAAAGAGUUCAGGAACCUGGAAGACAAAUACUCAGAGAUGGCCGACGGGGUGGACAGCAUAUUUACAGACAGCAUGAGGGUGGCAGAUCACGUACACUACAGCCCUCCAGUGCUCUUUUUCCCCAAUUUCCUCCAACCGUACUCCCGCCGCAGCAGAAGCAUCCGCUCUCUCUUCCGCGAUCCUUUCCACGGCUUCCAGGGUUUGUUCUCCCCCAUGAUGGGCAUGGGCCGCAACUUCUUCAGCUCCAUGGGCUCCAUGAUGGACAUGGACUCAGACGGAGCUCCUAACGAGGAGGGCAGCAUGAACGAGGACGUGGUCAUCACCAAACCUUUCGGCAACGGCAGGAUGACCUGCAGAGAGAUUCGUCGCAACUCAGCCGGCUGCUUCAAGUUCCGGGAUGAGUGUCAGAAAUGCAGAGACAUCCAACAUAUUGACUGCUCUGGGAAGAAGCCCCUGGAGGGCCCGCUGAAGGAGGAGCUGGAGGAGGCGCUGGCCAUGGCGGAGCGCUUCACUCAGCAGUACAACAACCUCCUGAAGACGUUCGAGGAGAAGAUGUUCAACACCUCGUCCAUCCUGGACCUGCUCAACAGACAGUUCGGCUGGGUGUCCACGCUGGCCAACAACACCAAGGACGACGUCUUCCAGGUUCAGAUGGUGAACUGCAGUGACACCGAGGAGAAGCCCGGUGAGGAGAAGAAGCAGCCCGGAGAAACCAACGUGUCCGUGCAGCUCUUCGACUCCCCGACGAUGAACAUCAGCGUGCCGGGUGAAAUCCCCUGGACCGACCCCAAGUUCCCCGAGGUGGUGGCCAAGGAGGCUCUGGAGCGCUACAGGGAAAGCAGCGUUGUGGUCAAAUAAAGUCCCAACCUGCUCUGUCUGCUGACAGCUGAAUGUUCUGGAUCCAUUAAAACACCUGAAACCCGUCGAUAAACAACAACCCUGAGGCCGACACACUGGUUCUGUUGUAAAUCCUCUUUAAGUCCUGCUUUUGCAAACAACUCAGUUAAACCUCAGAGAUUUAUAUUGUUACAUUAGAGCUCUUUGUCCUGCUGUAAGAGAAGAUAUUCAGUAGAUGUAGAUAACAGGCGUACUCGUGUCUAUUUCAACAUUUAAGGCCAUAUAACACACCAUAAGUGAGCUAGGCUUUGCAAAAAAGGGGCCAUAAUAAAUGAUUUAUGUUUGAGUUUCUGCUAAAAGCUUAAAAUUGACUUUGAAGCUGUUUAUGCUCUACAUUCAGCCUUUUUAUUACAUGGAGAUUAAACUCAUAUUUCCUCUAUCACAGUUCAAUAAAACAAAGAUUUGAUUUGUUGCAAAGGUUUGUAAGAAUUAAGGUGCAGAGCGAGAUGAUUCAGGCUGUUCCAGUGACUUUAACGACCUGUUGUGCCCUUCUACAGAUCUCUGAUAUCUGAGUUGGUUGAAGGGUUUAUUUGCUGGAGUUAAACUUGCUGAUUGGAGAGAUGAAAUUUGGGGGAAAAAAGGAGUUGAUUAUGUUCAAGAUUGCUUUGAGUCCCCAUGUACAACAGCCUAGAAAGAAAAUAACACAUAGAGAUAAUAAAACCUGCUCAAACCCA